AUGCCGCUACUCGAGACCAGAGCGAGGGAGAAGAACGUCAAUGUCGUUGAAACGUACACCAUACCGGAUGGAGUCGACAAAUCAACGGCAUUCAACGUCACGGUCCGCGUGCCCGGUGGCAAAUGGCGCAAUAUUGACGUCUACAAGCCAAAGGUUGUUCAAACCAACAUUUUCACCGGCUCCACAGCAAAGAAGGACUCAUCAAUGGUUUACUUUGACUUCAGCGGUUCGGUUGAGGUCUCUGCCACGUACAACAAUGGCGAAGUGACAGAAGCCCGCAUCCGCCCGGACUCUCUCGGCAAUAUCCCCGGAAUCAACGGGGCAUCAGUCAACUUUACACUCGAUCAACCCAGAAAUGUUGUUCUGCAGAUCAACGACGACAUUUUUGAUGUGCUUCACAUCUUUACAAACCCAAUUGAGGACGAUGCUCCAUCAGCCGACGACCCUGACAUUCUCAUAUACGGAAGAGGAUUCCAUAAGCUUUCUGAGCCUCUGAACAUCUCUUCUGGACAGACUCUUUACCUCGCAGGGGGAUCAGUGGUGUCUCUCCCGGGUAUCAACUUCCAGAAUGUUUCAAAUGCAUCGAUUCGUGGACGUGGUGUACUUGCGACUACAUCAAGCACGGCCAUCUCCGUUAUUCGUUCCCAAGGGAUUACUAUCGAUGGAGUCAUUGGUAUCAACGUUUUGCCGCGAUCGUACCAGUCAAGCGACGUGACUAUUCGGAACUUUAGGGCUCUGAGUUCUGUUCAGUGGGGUGAUGGCAUCGACAUAUUCUGCAGUAAGAAUGUUUUCAUCGACAACGUCUUCAUGCGCAACUCCGACGACUGCUUUGCCAUAUAUAACCACAGAGACGAUUGGUACGGCGACAACUCCAACAUCACUCUGCAAAACUCGGUCUUGUGGGCGGAUGUAGCGCAUCCCAUCAACAUGGGCACGCACGGGAACACUGAGAACCCCGAGACUACCGACGGGGUGAUUAUUCGCAACAUUGACAUCCUUGACCAGCACGAGAAGCAGGUUGACUACCAGGGGUGCAUUGCCAUCAACCCUGGGGACGGUAACCUGAUUCAGAACGUCAUUGUUGAUGACGUGCGAGUAGAGGAUAUUCGACUGGGUCAGCUUGUCAACCUGCGCGUUAAGUUUAACAAAAAAUACAAUACCUCUCCGGGUCGAGGUAUUCGAAAUGUUACAAUCCAGAAUCUAGUAUAUGAUGGAACUCAGGCUCUCACUUCAAUCAUGAGUGGUUAUGACGGCACAAGAACUAUUGAUGGUGUUACUUUCCGAAAUUUGACCAUCAAUGGCCUUGCCAUCAACGACAAAAUGAAAAAGCCGAGUUGGUACCUCACUUCAGACUACAUCCCGAUGUAUGUUAAUGAACAUGUCUAUCAUGUCACCUUCGAGGCUUAG